CAGCAGCUUGUUUGGUCAGCAGGCACACGCUAACUGUACAAAUCGAAAGCAAAAACAACACCCAACUAGACUCUUGCAGCAGUAGAAGCGGGGGACACAAAUUCUGCUGCUUCUCCGGUGAGUUUUUUUUUUUUUUUUGCAAAUUUCUGUGGCGAAUGUCUGGCGUGAACACACUUGUGCGGUUCGCUCGAUCGACAGUCCCCCAGUUGCUUUGCCAACCACAGUAUACACCCUCCGAACGUAGCCCAGUGGAUAAGCUGCAAGUUUGACGAAGUUGGUGCUUUGAUUGUGAUUUGUACUGUGCGUGAUUGAGAGCUAGUUGCAGCCAUGCUGCUAAAUUCGGCACUUCCGGCCACGCUGCUGCUACUGCUUCUCGGUGUGCUGCUGCAGCGCACCGAAGCUGAUCCUUCACCAGAUUUCGGCAUUAGGGCAACGAUUUCGGCCACCAGCAAUGUGGUACGGCAGUCCAGCAGGGUUGGCACGGCGUUCGAUUACAUCGACGACAUGAACCUAGCGCUCACCGGUGGCUACCAGCUGCUGGAGAACAUGAAGGAAGCUAUCCUGUUCGUGGGCAGCAAGGUGGCGACGGCCGGUGUGGCGUUCUCCACCGCCCUCAACACACUGGCCACGGACCGGUCGAACGAUGUGAACGGCGCGUUUGCACCGGUGUACAACGCGAUCGCCGCGCUGCGCACCUUGCUUCAGUCCGGGUUUGCGGCACAGUUUACGACGCUCCAGAAGCAGGGCACCUUCAUCACGAACCAGCUGACCGAUUCGUUUAAAUCCAUCCUGGCCCGGCUGACGCUGUUCAAGGACGCGCUGGACCGUUUGAAGGCGGGCGUAACCGCGGCACGGGAUGCACCGGGCAAUCCACCGAACGGCAUCUCCUCCGAAAACCUGAACCGCUUCGUCACGACCAAGAUGAUGUUCGAUCUGCAGGAUGCCCUGUCCCGGCUGAGCGCCGACGCACCGCUCGUCGAGUACAUCGUGGAGGAAACGCAACGGAAGCUGAGCGUGGCGGACGUGUUUGUCGGUGAGAUGCGCACCGAGGCGGAGAUAGUUGUGGGCGAUACAACGAAUGCGAAGGAACGGUUCGAGACCGAUGUCGGUACGGUCAGCACCAACACCGUGGCACUGUUCACCGACCGUGUGAAGCCCGUCUACAACGAGCAGCUGCAAACGAUCGCACCGGUGCAGAGUACGCUGGAAGCGAUCACCACCUUCCCGGACGACCUGAAGCCUGCCCUCGAUCAGUUGGCCGAGGUGCUCAACGAAGCCGGUAUCACCUUGGUAACGACCACCAUUACCAACGCGUUCACGAAGUACGACGACGAUCUGGACGAAUCGAUCGCCAGCGCGACGUCGGUGGAAAGUUUCUUCAUCGCCGAAACGUGCGGUGGGCUGGUUAGCGUGAUCGAUGCGCUUGUCGCCAACUCGCCGAACUCGAACUUUUGCUUCAGCAAGUUUUCCCCGCGGCUGUUCACGCAGUACGCCCUGUCGUUCUACAUCGUGUCCGAGUGUUACGACAUCGAGACGGAGCGCAUGUACAAGUUGCAGGAUCUGUUGGCGCUGAUCGUCGGUAUGAUCAUCUACGAUGCGGAGGAUCUGGGCGAAGCCAUCAGCACCUGUGCGCUGCUCACCGACGGUGCUCACUGUGUCACGACGAUCGGUCCUUAUUACGAAAAGCUGGCCACCGCCGUGGACGAAAAGCAGGAUUAUAUCAUCAACUUCAUCCAAUCGGAGACGAACUACAGUUUGCAGCGGAUUAGCUCGUGCGUUAAUGCUGCCAAGUACACGACCGUCACUUCCGUGGCUGCGAUCGUUUCCAACCUGAACACCUGUUCACUGAAUGGACCGUCCACUGUUUAA